GGGAGCAGCCAGGGAUUGAGGAGGCACUGCAGAGGCGCGGGCAGCUUCGCAACCCAGCGCUCCUGGCUCUUUCUUUCUGUCUUAUUCAUUGGUAUUAAACCCCUGAAAUGCCAUAAAGAUUGGGGUUCUGGUCCUUCACCUCACUUUUGGGGAAUGGGAAGUGAGUGGUAGAAGGAACAGAAAGGAUAAAGUGGGUAGUGGUGGCAAUUGAGGGGAUAGGAGGCAGGCUGAGUCUCCUACAACCACGGUGAGCAAAGACAAGGUGAGAGUAAGGGAAGCCCCACGGGCCUGACCAUGGACCCUGCAGUAUUUCCAGAUUGUGAGCUCUCAGCACGAAAAAGCACUGUGAAGGUAGAUCUGAGGUUUUUAAAAAGCACAAAUAAGAAUUAUGAAAAAAGUAGAAAAAGAUAAGCAAAAAAGAAAAUAAACACAUGAUGCUUUCAACUUCUGGUAACAUGUUAGAAUUUAUUCUUGCAGAUUUUUUUGUGUGUCUAUAAGCAUAUAAAAUGUAUGCAUUCUGAGAUUGUACAAUACUCUUGAGAUCUCACUGUUUUUCACCCAAAAAUAUAGCAUUAGUGUCUUUUCCUUUAGAAUGAAUGUGAGAAUAAAGAAAUGUUUAUUAAAUUGGGCAUUUUCUAGUUAAAGGGUGUGAUUCCACAUGAUAAGAAAUCUUAUUUUUGUACUAGGAAUUAUUAAGACAUUGGAAAUUUAAUAUUAGCCAGAAUGUUCAAGUAGCCUGUAUAAGUACACCCUUUUAGUAUGAAUAGACAUUCUUACAUGGUAGUAGGUGGAUUGGCAUCUUUUGAAAUGUGCCCCCCACCCCUUUUUUAGGAAUUUCUGUCCACAUAUAUGUUCUGUUGUAUCACAAGUGACACACAAGUGUCACAAUUGACACUGACAUUAGUAUUACCUCAAAUCCAUCUGCAUGAUACUCUCCUACCUCUUCCACAUCUCACCCGUAGUCAGCCUUCAUUGUUGAGAUCUUUGCUAAGUCAGAGUCCUUUCCUGGCAUCUCCUGUCAUGUACGCUUCUGCUGCAUGUUUGUAAAAUCAUGUCACAUUAGCCUCUUAGUACUAGUCCUCUGGGUCAUCCGUCUGAGGGUGAACUGCUUGGAGGCAGGGUGUGUCCUAUGUGUAGUGAUUUCUCAGCUCCGAGCUCACUGCCUAGUACAGAUAUUUUCUCAAAAGAUAGAUGCUGAGUGAACCAUUCAAUGAAUGUUAAACAGUUUUCUGGCAGGUGAGAAGCAAUUUCAUAACCAAACUGACCAGUUAUAUAGACACGCAAAUACUUACAAGAAGGCCACAAUCUAGUGAUGUCACAUGCAGUGGAAUUUCUUAUGACUCCAGAGAGACAGAGGUUCCCUAUUCCAUGUUCUUUGGGUCAGAUGUUCAAAUUCUUUCAGGGAACAGUGUAUCCUAUUCAGUACAUGUAUCUGAAGAUUACCCAGAUAAUACAUAUGUGUCAAGUUCAGAAAAUGAUGAAGAUGUAUUAGUUACUACAGAGCCAAUUCCAGUUAUUUUUCAUCGAAUAGCAACGGAAUUAAGAAAAACAAAUGACAUUAACUGUUGCUUAUCCAUAAAAUCCAAAUUACAGAAGGAAAAUGGGGAGGAGUCAAGACAGAAUAGCACAGUGGAAGAAGAUUCUGAAGGUGAUAAUGAUUCUGAAGAAUUUUAUUAUGGAGGACAGGUGAACUAUGAUGGGGAGCUGCACAAGCAUCCACAGCUAGAAGCUGAUCUGUCUGCAGUGAGAGAGAUCUAUGGGCCACAUGCAGUUUCUCUCAGGGAAUAUGGAGCCAUUGAUGAUGUAGAUAUUGAUCUGCAUAUUGAUGUUAGCUUUCUUGAUGAGGAGAUUGCUGUGGCUUGGGAAGUGAUUCGAACAGAACCUAUAAUUGUCCGACUACACUGUUCACUCACACAGUAUUUAAAUGGCCCAGUGCCCACAGUUGAUGUCUUCCAGAUUUCCACAAAAGAGCGAUUUGGAUUGGGACAUCAGCUAAAAAAAAUCAUGCAGACAUUUGUUACCCAGCAGUGGAAACAGAGCAAAGAAAAAUCCAAUUGCCUGCACAAUAAGAAGCUGUCAGAGAAGAAAGUGAAGUCUCCCCUGCAUUUAUUUUCUACCUUGCGCAGGUCGCCUAGUUAUCCUCCUCCUGGUUGUGGUAAAAGCAAAUCCAAACUGAAAUCUGAGCAAGAUGGGAUCUCCAAAACACAUAAGCUGCUGCGGAGGACUUGCUCCAGCACAGUCAAGGCCGAUGAUGUGUGUGCCACCAAGUCCCACAGGACCUUUGGUCGCUCCCUGUCCAGCGACCCCAGGACCGAGCAGGCUGUGACGGCAAUAAAGUCGCACAAACUCUUGAACCGUCCCUGCCCUGCAGCUGUCAAGCAAGACGACUGCCUCUCUCUCAAGUCACAUAAACUCUUGUCUCGGUCUUGUUCUGGAGAUCCACGAUGUGAGCACAACACCAACUUGAAGCCCCACAAACUGUUAAGCAGGUCUUACUCCAGUAAUCUCCGAAUGGAAGAAUUAUAUGGACUGAAGAAUCACAAGUUGCUCAGCAAGUCUUAUUCCAGUGCCCCCAAGUCAUCCAAAACAGAGCUUUUCAAGGAACCUUCUGUGGAGGGCAGGAGGCUCUCACUUACCUCAGGGCUUAUUGGUAUCUUAACACCAUCUUCAUCUUCAUCUUCCCAGCCUGCUCCAAAUGGUGCCAAAUGCAUUCCAAUACGAGACCGUGGCUUCCUAGUGCAGACUAUUGAGUUUGCUGAACAGCGGAUCCCUGUAUUGAAUGAAUAUUGUGUGGUUUGUGAUGAACCACAUGUGUUUCAAAAUGGCCCCAUGCUUAGACCUACUGUGUGUGAACGAGAGCUAUGUGUAUUUGCUUUUCAAACCCUGGGAGUAAUGAAUGAAGCUGCUGAUGAAAUAGCAACUGGAGCUCAGGUGGUAGAUCUACUAGUAUCCAUGUGUAGGUCUGCAUUGGAAUCUCCUAGAAAAGUUGUCAUAUUCGAGCCAUAUCCCUCUGUGGUAGAUCCUAAUGAUCCUCAGAUGCUGGCAUUCAACCCCAGGAAGAAGAACUAUGACCGAGUAAUGAAAGCAUUGGAUAGCAUAACUUCUAUUAGAGAAAUGACACAAGCACCAUACCUGGAAAUCAAGAAGCAGAUGGAUAAACAAGAUCCCCUUGCUCAUCCCUUACUGCAAUGGGUUAUUUCAAGUAAUAGGUCACAUAUUGUGAAACUGCCAGUUAACAGGCAAUUGAAGUUUAUGCAUACUCCACAUCAGUUUCUCCUCCUCAGCAGUCCACCAGCCAAAGAAUCCAAUUUUAGAACUGCAAAAAAGCUAUUUGGAAGCACCUUUGCAUUUCAUGGCUCACACAUUGAAAACUGGCACUCCAUCCUGAGGAAUGGUCUGGUUGUUGCUUCUAAUACAAGGCUGCAGCUCCAUGGUGCAAUGUAUGGAAGUGGAAUCUAUCUUAGUCCAAUGUCAAGCAUUUCAUUUGGUUACUCAGGGAUGAACAAGAAACAGAAGGUUUCAGCCAAGGAUGAGCCGGCUUCAAGCAGUAAAAGCAGCAACGCAUUACAGUCACAGAAAAAAGGACAGCAAUCCCAGUUCCUGCAGAGCCGUAACUUAAAAUGCAUAGCCUUAUGUGAAGUGAUCACCUCGCCUGAUCUGCACAAACAUGGAGAGAUCUGGGUCGUCCCAAACACCGAUCAUGUCUGCACACGAUUCUUUUUUGUCUAUGAAGAUGGUCAAGUGGGAGAUGCAAAUAUUAACACACAAGAAGGAGGCAUUCACAAAGAGAUCCUUCGAGUAAUUGGUAAUCAAACUGCUACUGGUUAAAGGACCACCAUUUAAUUAACAUGAUUUGAAAGACUUCCUCGGGUUCAAAGCUGGAUUUUGAACUGAAGAAGAUGAUAAAAUAAUUUAUUGUUAUUAUAAACAAAAUUAACCCUUUGAAUACUGAUUUUUUUCUUAGUAUUUCUAAGUAUCUCAUUAAAUACCUAAGAUGGUAUAAAAUUUAUCAACUGUAGGGUUAUGGACUCUAGUAAUAAAAUUACAACAGCACUUAAACUGAAGUUUGGGUUGCUCACACAAUAAACAGAUUGAAAAAACA